UGAGUUCCGGUGUUGUGUUCACGGAAAACCUGUCAAGUGUAGCUACUUCCGCCUUUAGCCGCCGCUCAUCACACAGAGAAAUAUGACGGCCACAUUACGCCCAUAUCUCAAUGCAGUUCGUGCUACCCUGCAAGCGGCCGUCUGCCUGGAGAAUUUCUCCUCGCAGGUGGUGGAGAGACACAACAAACCAGAGGUGGAAGUACGGAGCAGUAAAGAGUUGCUCCUCCAGCCUGUGAUCAUCAGCCGUAACGACAAAGAGAAAGUUCUGAUCGAGGGCUCCAUCAACUCUGUCCGAGUCAGCAUCGCUGUCAAGCAGGCCGAUGAGAUUGAGAAGAUCCUGUGCCAUAAGUUCAUGCGGUUCAUGAUGAUGAGGGCGGAGAACUUCUUCAUCCUCAGGAGGAAACCAGUAGAGGGCUAUGACAUCAGUUUUCUCAUCACCAACUUCCACACAGAGCAGAUGUACAAGCACAAACUGGUGGACUUUGUCAUUCAUUUCAUGGAGGAAAUUGACAAGGAGAUCAGUGAGAUGAAGCUGUCUGUCAACGCCAGGGCUCGUAUUGUUGCAGAGGAGUUCCUCAAAAAUUUCUAAAAGGGAGAGAACCCUGGGAAUACAUUCCUUUAGCGAUCUUGGCCGUCACCGCGGAGCUUUCACAGAGCAGAGGAGGCUGAAUCUGCUCAGCCGAGAGAAGUUGAGAAACAUAAGACGUACAGGCCAACGGGCUUUUGCCCUUUAAUCUUUGCUCAGAAAUAUUGAUAUUUUUUGUGUGUAAAUAUUGAAUAUUCAUACCAAACAUUCAUUUCUGCCUUUAGAACGUUAGAAGUCAGGGCAGGUCCUUAAAAAGGUAUUUUUAUCAAUAUUUAUGAGCACAGGGUAAUAUGGAUUCAAAUGUUUUUUAAAUAUAUAUAUUAUAUGCAUAUCCAUUUCAUUUAGCAAUGUUUUGUUAUGACAGACCUUAAACCACAAGGGCAAUCAAUUGGUGCACGUUUCUUCAGUCCACAGAAAAAAUGUAUUGUAGAUGGAAAUAAUUAAAAAAAGUAUACUUGCUGAAAGUGAUGAUAAAUAAAAAUAUUAUUCUUUGUA